AUGGCAGCACCAGAGAAUUCUACGGCGAUGAUGAGAUUUGUUCUACAGAGACUCGAGAAAAAAUACAACGAAAAUUUGGAUGAUGAACAUUUUGAAGCCGUUUCUCCAGGAGUUAAUUUUAAUAGAAAAAAAAUCGUUAACAAAGCUGAAACAAAAAUAGAAAUAACAAAAGAUGAUAUACCAAAACCUUAUAAAUCCACAUAUGUUCUCUCACCAGAAGCAUUACAAAAAGUCGAAUUAGAGAAAAACGUACCAGAAGUUGAAUAUAAGUUUCAAUUUGUACCAGAAAAGCUUGAAGCAAAGCCAAUGCAAAUUCCUGCUGACUUUGGGAGAGAUUAUUUACAAGAGCAACUUGUGGAUUUAACUUUUCAGUUUUCUCGUCUAUCAAUGCCUGUUUGUGAAUAA